AUGGAGGAGAGAGGACACUGGGAAAAGAAAGUGGAGUUCCUCCUGGCGGUGGCGGGUAACAUCGUCGGUCUGGGCAACAUUUGGAAAUUUCCUUACCUGUGCUACAAAAAUGGAGGAGGAGCCUUCCUGGUGCCGUAUCUUGUGUUUGUGGUGACGUGUGGCGUACCUCUGUUUCUGCUGGAGACCACCAUGGGUCAGUACACCCAGGAGGGAAGCGUCACCUGCUGGAGGAAGCUCUGUCCAUUAGCAGAAGGUAUCGGCUAUGGGGGGCUGCUGAUCCUCCUCUACAGCAGUAUGACCUACAUCAUUAUUCUGUCCUGGGCUUUGCUCUUUCUGGCGUUCUCCUUCAGCUCUCAGCUCCCCUGGGCCAGCUGCAACAACUACUGGAACACAGAAAACUGUGUCGACUUCUCAGCACAUAACGGCUCCUUUGAUUGGACCAACUAUACAAACUCAACUUCUGCUGCUACAGAGUUCUGGGAAAGACGAGUUCUCGCUAUUUCAGGAGGGAUUGAGGAGAUAGGAAGCAUCAGGUGGGAGACAGUGUUGUGCCUGAUUGUCAUGUGGAUCAUUUGUUACUUCUGUAUCUGGAAAGGAGUCAAGUCUACUGGAAAGGUGGUGUAUUUCACUGCUACAUUCCCCUAUGUGAUGCUGCUCAUUCUUCUGAUCCGUGGACUCUCUCUUCCUGGGGCUCUACAAGGGGUCUUAUUUUAUCUCCUGCCUGAACCCUCACGGCUCACAGACCCUCAGGUCUGGAUGGAGGCUGGGGCUCAGAUAUUCUUUUCAUACAGCAUUGGUGUGGGAACUAUAACUGUCCUGGGCAGCUACAACACCUACAACAACAACUGCUAUAAAGACUGUCUGUGGCUGUGUUUACUGAACAGUGGAACCAGCGUGGUAGCAGGGUUUGCAGUCUUCUCUGUGCUGGGGUUCAUGGCUCAUGAGCAGGGUGUUCCUAUUAGUGAAGUGGCUGAGUCAGGCCCAGGUUUGGCAUUUAUUGCGUACCCUCAGGCUGUAGCCCUCAUGCCUCUGCCCCAACUGUGGUCCAUCUGUUUCUUUGUAAUGAUCAUCCUUCUGGGUCUGGACACACAAUUUAUAACCAUGGAGGUGGUGAUGACGUCCAUCAUUGACAUAUUUCCUACUGUGAUGCGCAGAGCAGGCAGACGAGAGGCUUUCCUUCUCCUCUUCUGCCUCACAUGUUUCUUCUCUCAGCUUGUCAUGAUUACUGAGGGAGGGAUGUAUGUGUUCCAGUUAUUUGACUACUAUGCCUGUAAUGGAGCCUGCAUCCUCUUCCUCUGUGUGUUUGAGACCCUGGCACUAGGAUGGAUAUUUGGAGUAGAUCGUUUGUACGGAAUCAUAAAGGACAUGACAAAUGUGAAAGCCAACCCAUUCUUCAAAAUUUGCUGGCUUUACCUCACACCCCUCGUCUGUUUGGGCUCUUUUAUUGGUUCAUUAGUUUGGUACCAGCCAUUAACCUUCAAUCGCUGGUAUGUGUAUCCGACCUGGGCGUAUGUUUUAGGCUGGAUAAGUGCCCUCUCCUCCAUUCUGCUUGUCCCAGGAGUGGCACUGUAUAAACUGGGAACUGGGACUGGAAACCUCUAUCAGGUAGAACAUCUCCAUUGCUAA